GUGACAUGAUCAGCUGCAGUACUUGUGGAUAAGAAGCAACAAAUAAGUUGUCAUUGUGCUCUUACUUGUUAAGACAGUUUUUGCCUUUAUUUUUAUUCUUUUGUUUUGUUUUGUUUGUUUGUUGGUUUUUAAACGCACUUAAACAUACAAACGUACACCAAAGAACGCGCAGCCAUACAUACAGACAUACAUCCAUACAUAUAUACAACGUGUAUGAAAAUGAAACUUUAUCCACAUGUUAAGUGUUGUUGUUGCUGUCGAAGAAAUUAAAUUUUAAUUUAAAUAUAUACAUACUAAGUGAAUUAAAUUCAUAUGUACAUAGAUACAUACAUACAUACAUACUACUUGCCUAAUUAAAGUGAUUAAGUGAAAAUUGCCGCAUGAAAAAAUUCCCAAAAAAAAAAGUAGUAGAAAAAAGCCUAUAAAUAAAAAAAAUAUCUUCUAUAAAUUUAAAAAUACAUACAUACCUACAUACAUACAUACGUAUUUAUAUACUACGUGCAUGUGGAAACCGACAUUGUUCGAGCAAAUUUAGCCCGUCUGUCGCUGAUGGAGUGAAAAGUGUUAUGCUAAUGUCGUCUAUCUCUCAGAAUACUAACUCUAACUAAUCUUCGGUAGAUAUUUUCGUGCGAUAAGAGCGUCUUUUAUCAGCUUUUUAUUUAAAUGUUCGUCUAUGUGCGUGCGUUUGUGAUGACGAAAAUUUGCGAUGUUGACAAUGUUUACAAUGUGAGCUCCCGUUGCUGAUGCUGCGACUGCUGCUGCUGUGCAAGCGCAUUCACACACACACACGCACACACACACACACACACAUACACCUACGCCUACUCUAUACACACAUAGAGAAAGAAAGAAAGGAAGAAAUUUAAUAAAAAAAAAUAAUGAACGCUAGGUCUAGCCAACGCACACAUACAACCACAUAUGAAAAAUUAAGUAAAAGUCACUAGAAAACACGCGAAAAUUGGGCAUAAAGCACAAAGGCAACUGUGAAUAAGAGAAAAACAAGCAAUAAAAAAACAAAAAAAAAAAAUAAAAUAAAGAAAAAAUUAAUUUUAUUUCCAAAAACCGCCUUUGUCUCGGCAGCGCCUCACCAUUACAAGUUUACAAGUUAAUUUUAUAAUUUUUUUUUUUGAGUCCCGUUUGUUUGUUUUGUUGUCGUUUGCAUUCACGAAUUGAAUGUUUUAGCGCGCUUUGUGACAACAACAACAACAACAACAACAACAACAACAACAGCAACAACAACAACAACGAUUAUGAGCAUACAAGCUCGCGGCAAAUGGACUGCAGCGACAGCUGUAGCGACGGCGGGCGUACAGCGCAGGCGUGUAAUCAACAAACACAUUCAACAGAAGUAUCUGUUAUGUGGGUUUGCCAUACAUGCCUUCCUCGCCACACCAGCCUACCUCUAUGGCAAUGUUGUGGAAUCGGAUAAAGAUUUGGUGCUACGCAUUUGGCCUGCGAUUGUUUAUCAAGCAACCGGUCAGAUUUGCCGCUCCAUACUGGAACAUCUGGAUACAGAAUAUCGGGGACGUGAACGAGAGACAACCGAAUAUCGUCGAUUUUUUCUCUGCGCAACAUUGAUCACCACUCUGUCGCUCAUGAUAAGUGGAAUCUUUUUCUCAUCGGCUUGGUUUAUUGUAACAACUACAACGCAGGCGAUAGCUAUAGUAUUUUAUGGAUUUUUUGCAGGCAUUGGCUCUAGUCUCUUCGCUUGGAAGACACAUGUCAUUUUGGAAGCGGUGCGGCCGCGUGAAGAUAAAUUUGUGCGCAAAACAAUACAUCUCUGUGGUGAAGCAUUCUGUCAACUCUUUCUCUCAUUCGUAUUCACCAGUCUGCGUACACUCUACGGCACAGCCCAAUCGAUUGUUCUAAUGUCCGCAUUGCUAGUGAAUCUCAUACCCAUCAGUUUGAUUAUUACACGUCAUCGAGAGGGUUCCAUAACCAAACGGAUUUCUAUGAUCACCGCGGAAAGUGCAUUUCCGCCACUACACCAUCAGUUGGGCGCCUUCCCACCAAGUAUAGCCGAUCAAAUUGAUGGUAUCGAUGUACAACUGCCACGAACCUGGAAGAGCCCACUACGCGAACCACAUCCGGGUACCGCGACAGCAGCGCUCUUUGCUGCUGAAGCGCGAAAUAAUUAUAUGUUGGCGGCGGAUGAAGCAUAUGUGACUUUCGUCAAUCCAAAUGGUGUGGAGAUUAUGGAAAUCAUACCUGAAGAGGAUGAGACCGUGUCCAUAAUGCGUGGUAGCUCAGCAACGAUUGGAAAGAGUCACACGAGUGUCGCGGCAUCGCAAAAGCUACAUCCCAACGCCUCGUCGAAUGGCUUACAGCAAAUGGAUGAGCUUGCAAGUGGUGGUGGUAGAGGUGGGAAUGUGAAGACAGCGGGAAAUUUGCACAAAUUCCAACGCUUGUCUCGCAAUGUGACCACACAUAUAUGGAAGAGUUUGAAGGAGAAGACUUUCCUGCCACUUCAACGUGCGCUCUUAGUGCCUCGGCUUUAUUCCACUACACUGCUCAUGUCUGCGGAUAUUUUUUCAUAUGUGAUGUGUCUGACUGUGUUGCCGGGCUUGGCGGUGACUCAUCAUGCCAUUAAGAAUGCGGAGAUACCAUUUCUUUUUUCCCUAAUCGCCUUUCCCUGGAUGUGCUUCUCACUGAUGACGCCACGCUUCGGCAGUAGCUUGUACAAACGUAAAAUUGAGUGGCACACACUGGGUAGUGUUUGUAAAGCGCUGGCCUUAAUUCUCAUCAGUUUCUCGACAUCGAAGCUACAGUUGAGCGUAUCCUCCGUGCUAUUGGGUUUCGGUCAGUCAGUAACCCUCUUCCUACAGGAUGUCGUCUUUCAACGUAGCAUGCCUCGCGCUCAAUGGAAUGCCAUUCGAUUUCCCGUGCAUUUCACUAAUGGUCUCUUGAUGUUUGUCUGGGGCACUUUGGCUCAUUGGGUUGUGGUGACGUUUUCCUUUCAGGCGAGUGUGGGCUUGGCGGGGCUGGUUUACGUUGUAAGCAUGUUAAUUUGGAAUAUGAUUUUCAUUUGCUGCAACACCAGAGAUUGAGAAGUAUUACUAACUGUAUUAUUUUUAUGAAAUUAAAAAAAAAUAAUAAUUCCAUUUUUUGAGACUAAAAAUUAAUAAAAAAAAAUGUUCCUUAUUAAAACAAUGGAAUUUUACAUUAUCAUGAAAUGAAAUGUUAAAGCGAAGGUUACAAAAA